ACGCCCCUCCUCUUUUGACAAGAUGGCGGCGCCCAGCUCUAACGCGCCUCGCCUCUGGGUCUGGGGUUCCAGGCAGCGUUUGGGGAGUGUCUUUAGCCUCGUCUCAAAGCCAUUUUGUUCGGCCGCUGCUGCGUCUGGGACCAUGAGUGCCCAGCGAUUAGCGGAGAAGCUCCGAGCCCAGAAACAGGAACAAAAGACGAAGCACCAGCCGGUGCCCACAAGCCCUGUUCAGCGGAGAGUUCAAGAACUAGUACGGUUCACAAAGCAGCUGCAACGAGUCCACCCCAACGUGCUUGCUAAGGCACUGAGCCGAGGGAUUGUGCACCAGGACAAGGAUCUCGUGGUCAUCAAUAAACCUUACGGUCUCCCUGUGCAUGGUGGCCCUGGGGUCCGGCUGUGCAUCAGUGACGUAUUGCCCAUCCUGGCAAAGAUGCUUCAUGGCCACAAGGCAGAGCCCUUGCAUCUGUGCCACCGGCUGGACAAAGAAACUACAGGUGUAAUGGUGUUGGCCUGGGAGAAGGAAGUGGCACAUCAAGUACAGGAGUUGUUUAGAACCCAUCAGGUGGCAAAGAAGUACUGGACCAUCACGGUGCGCGUCCCCGUGCCCCCGGCGGGAGUCGUGGACAUCCCUGUCAUCGAGAAGGAGGUGCAGGGUCAGCAGCAGCACUACAAGAUGACGCUGUCCCCAGGCUUCCGCAUGGAGGAUGGGAAGAUGGUGAGAGCACGGAGCAACCGGAAGGCACACACAGCUGUGACUCAGUACCAGGUGCUCAGCAGCACUCUGUCCGCCGCCCUCGUGGAGCUCCAGCCCAUCACCGGAGUAAAACAUCAGCUUCGAGUUCAUCUGUCUUUUGGACUGGAUUGCCCAAUCCUUGGUGAUCACAAGUACUCAGACUGGAAUAAACUGGCCCCCCAGAAGCUGUCUCUUGGUACCCUGAAGAAGCUGGGGCUGCACCAGGCGAAGGCCCGCCACAUCCCCCUUCACCUGCACGCGCGCCAGCUGAUCCUGCCGGCCCUGGGGUCCAGGAAGGAGGAACUCAGCUUGGUCUGCAAGCCUCCUCGCUUCUUCGUCUGUUCCCUGCGACGCCUGGACCUACAGAUGCCAAGUCAGGAUCAGAAUGGGGAUGACGAAGCCGGAUGUGAGGGUGCAGUAAAGACCGCUGGGCUGUUUGGCCCCUGAAUCCUUCACUUUGUUUCAUGGACUCUGCUAACUUCUCACUUGGGACAGACUCCAGAAGAGCCAGGUGUGGGAAGUGGAAGAAACCCAGCUGCUUCUAGGCCUUUACUGGACACUAAGUCCUAUUUACUGAGACACUGGCCGCACUCUGGAAAAGCCUGCGGGAAGUCUCCCUGCCUCCCAGUCUCCUUGCCCAGUGGGAAGAGAGCCCAGGACCAGGCAGACUGGGUCCAUAAUUGAAAAAGGAGAAACUCGAGCACAGAAUCUGUGCUCUGAUAUUGUUUCCGUCCAACAAUAAAUCCCUUGAUCUAUCUGGAAGGCUCUGGUGGUUGGAAAGAGCGCAUGGUGGUCAUCUGACUGCUGGAGAAAUUCAGAAGCAGUUAGCCACUGUCCUCAUGGAUGUUCAGGAUCUAACAGCAAAACCUCUCUGCUCCACUUGUUUUGUCCCAGAUUCUGCAGACCCGUCAGAAGGCAGGAUUCUCUCUAGCCGCAGCGCAGGAGCCUUCUUUCGGUAGUGACUAGAGCCUGCAAAGGGUGUUGGAGAAGCGAGAAAAGCAGAUGUGAAGGCCAGCCGGCUGGCAGCCCCUGGUGGGGAACGCACACGGUCUGGAGAGGGCAGUGGUUAGCUCCACCUCCGUGCUGCUCUGUGGGAACAGGUUUUCUCUCCUUUUUUUUUUUUUUUUUCCAGAGAGUCAAGAAACCCAGAUUCUGUAGAGUCUUAAAACAGUGGCGGGGGGGGUUGGGGGGCCCUGACCCCCGCCUUGUACAGUCAAAAAUCCACAUGUAACUUUUGACUCUCCCAAAACUUAACUGCUAGUAGCCUCCUGUUGACCUGAAGCGUUACCAAUGACACGAACAGUUGAUUAACACA